AUGGCAGAGGUAUGUGAAGUGAAUGGAUAUCUUCAACCCUACACGUACCUUGAUUACAAUCAGUUUUUCCAUCCGAACGUUUGUCACGUUUGCAAAUCGGUAGAGCAAGACAGCUUGACGUUAUGCGAUCGGUGCAACAUGAUCUCUUACUGCAGCGAGGAACACAAAAGGCUGCACCGGCCGCAGCAUGAAGAUAUCUGUACAUUCAUGACAAGAUUCAUCAGUGAGGACCCAGAUUGGAACACUCGCCGUUUGUAUCUCUACGAAUGGAUCGACUUACAGAGAAAACUGAUGCGAAUCGCGCAGGUCACACUGGGACGUAAAUUGGAGCCGUACGAAGAGCAAAUGUUUAUGUCCGCGAAAUCGUGUUUCACAUGCCAUCGACGGACUGACUUGAUCACGUGUGACAAAUGCAUAUUGUUCAAUUAUUGCGUCGAUCAUGUAGCAGAAGCAUACACACACACCUCGUCCAUCUGCGAUCUGCUCAUGCUGACCCUCAAGCUAGAUAUUAUAUCUCUCAAGCAAACGACAUGGGACUUAGUAAAUAUCAAAUUUUCUACAUUUCCUAGCAAGAAGAAGAGGUUUACUGACAUGAGGUCAUUUUGCAAUCGAUAUUUCCCGACUCGUAGCGGAGAUCAUUAUUGGUGUCUUUAUGAUCACACUUUUACGGAUUUCGUAUCGGAGCCGUUGACGUUGUACAAGGGAUUGCAAACUGCAAAUUUAUUCCGUCCUAAAGAGGUAGUGGACACCUUCACUGUUCAUAUUAUAGGCGCGAGCUAUGUGAAUAGACGCCAUUUCCCAGCUUGGGAGCUGCUCCUGCAUCUCUUAAAUAAGAGAAACAAACUGGUGAUCGUAAUGAUAGGACCAGAUCUACAAAUGGAAACUAAGGAGCACAACGUUUGCUCCCUUUGCAAACUAGCAAGGAGGAAACUCAUUCUCGAAUCCUUUCCCCUGUUGUAUCACAAUUAUAUGUUUAAUGCUUCUUAUAGGCAGCCGAAUGUGAUAACAGGAUUUCAAGCGGAACUUUAUGUCGAUGAAACAUGGCCGGAAUCUAUAAGAGCGAUACAAACUCAGAACUGCCCGUUACUGUUAACUGCCGCAUCACUAUAUGAAAUUCAAAAGGACAUGAUAAAGAUACAAAAUAUUGUCGGCAAACCUGUAAAACCUAUUGUUGAGACCAGAAAUAAAUUCAACUCCUAUAGACCGUACAGAAACUUUGAAGCGGGUUACGUGUCGUAUCGUAACAUGUAUUUAAUUAUCUACAAAAAUUUAUAUAACUGA